UCCUUGCAUUUUCCUGACCUUCAAUCUUAGCCGUCCAGCAGAUCGUGUAGCCAGCAGCCACAGAAAGUGACCCCUGGUUUUGGUUGCUUCCAGAAAAUUACCCUCUGUUCGCACUGAUCUUCCACGCUCUCUCUGCCUCUCUCCGCGUCAAUGACGUGUUGGCAGGAACGUAGGGACUUUUGCUUCUGUUGACUGAAACGUUCAAUAAGCUCAAGGCCAAACCACUCCCCAGAAAAAAAUAACUUCUUCUGCUAAAGUCGGAUCGGAAGGCCAACUUGUGCAUAAUUUGUAGUUGGUCUGAUCUGAACCAGUAUCAAUUAAUGGAUCCCAGGAAAGCCCAUAAAGCCUCCUAUUCAUCCUCACCAUCCUCCUCAUCAAAACGUUGGGAGUACCAAGUGUUCUUGAGCUUCAGAGGUGAAGACACACGCAAGGGCUUCACAGGCCACCUCCACGCCGCAUUAUCUGAUGACGGAAUCCGCGCCUUUCUUGACGACAACGAACUAAAAAGAGCGGAAUUUAUAAAAACCCAACUGGAGCAGGCAAUCGACGGGUCCAUGAUCUCCAUAAUUGUCUUCUCCAAGAGUUAUGCCGAUUCCAGUUGGUGUCUUGACGAGCUGGUGAAGAUCAUGGAGUGUAGAGAAAGAUUGGGGCAACAGGUUAUUCCAUUGUUCUACAAUGUUGAUGCUUCAGAUGUCCGGAACCAAAAAGGUAGUUUUGCACAAGCAUUUGAGAAACAUGAAGGUAAACAUGAGAAAGAGAAGGUACAGCGGUGGAGAAAUGUUCUCACUGAAGCUGCAGCUUUGUGUGGGGAAGAUCUUAAAAAUGCUGAUGGGCAUGAAGCAAAGUUUAUCAACAAAAUUCUUGGGGAGGUUAAAAAGCAGUUGUACAGCAAAUUCCAAUUAGACAUCGACCUCGUUGGAAUUACUUCUCGGCUGAACGAUGUUGUUCGCAUGAUUGGUAUUGAAAAUUCAGGUUCUAAGGAUGUUCGCAUGAUUGGUAUUUUGGGGAUGGGCGGCAUUGGAAAAACAACGCUUGCCAAAACCAUUUAUAAGAAAUUUGAACGUAUCUUUGAAGGAAGGAGUUUCCUUGCAAACGUGAGGGAACAAUUUGCAAACCAACGCAGUAAUGGUCUGGUUGGUUUGCAAAAACAACUUCUAAAUGAUAUCCUGAAAAGCGAGGGCAUAAAGGUUGGUUCUGUUGAUGAAGGGAUCGAUUUGAUAAGAGCAAGACUUCGCUGUAAAAGAGCACUUGUCAUAAUUGACGAUGCAGAUGAUCUAGACCAACUAGAAGCAUUUGCUAUAACAACAAGAGCUAGAGCUCGCGAUUGGUUUGGUCCUGGAAGUAGAAUUGUUAUAACAACAAGAAAUCAACAUUUGCUAGACCAAGUUGGAGUGGAUGGCACAUAUAUGGCUCAAGGAAUGGAUGAGGAAGAAGCUCUAGAGCUCUUUAGUAGGCAUGCCUUUGAAAGUGGUUGUCCUAAUCAAGAAUAUCUUGACCUCUCAAAACGUGUAAUUCAUUAUUGUCAAGGUUUGCCACUAGCACUAAAAGUUUUAGGGUCUUUUCUUUAUAAAAGAGACGAAUCACAGUGGGAAAGCCAAUUGGAGAGAUUGGAAAGAAGUCCUCAUGAAGCAAUUACAAAAAUACUGAGAAUAAGCUUUGACGGGCUACCAGACCGUACAGACAAAAAUACAUUCCUUGACAUAUCUUGUUUCUUUAUUGGAAUGGACAAGGACUAUGUCACACAAAUAUUAGAUGGGUGUGACUUUUCUGCAACGCUAGGAAUCCGUGUCCUUAUUGAACGGUGCCUUGUAACUGUUAGUGAGGAAAACAAGCUGAUGAUGCAUGAUUUGCUUCGAGACAUGGGAAGAGGGAUCGUUUAUGAAAAUGCCCAAGGUGACCCUGAAAAAUUUAGUAGAUUGUGGAAACGUGAAAACAUAACAGAAGUACUGAGCGAUGAAUCUGUAAGUACUUUCCCAAUUAAAUUUUAGAAUGCAUCAUGCAAGAGAAGCAUAUGUAUCCCAUGUGUAUAAUUAAUUAAAUUGUCAUUUUCC